UUGGCUUCUCCCACCUUCAUGAAACCCUAGCUCGUCGCCAUGGACAACCACGAGCUCGCCUCCACCUCCUCCCCCAAGCGCAAGCCCGGCCGCCGCCCUGGCCGGAAGCCGAAGCCGCCGCCCGCCCCCUCACCCGCCGCCGCCCCCGCCCCCGCCGCCGAAAACGGGACCCACGACCCCGCCUCUGGCCAGAAGCGCAAGCGCGGCCGCAAGCCGAAGCCUCCGGCCGCCGCCGCCGCCGCCGCUUCCUCCGACGGGCACCACCACCCCUCCUCUCCCCUCGCCGCGGCUGUCUCCGCCUCCGACUCGCCCGAUCCCGCUUCCUCCCCCGCCCCUCGUGGCCGCGGCCGCAAGUCUCGGCGGGGCCGUCCCGAGCCCCCCUCCGAUGCCGGCGCCGCACCCCACGCGCCCCCGUCCCCGCCGCGGCGCGGCGCGAAGAAGGGGGCGGCGGCCAACGCCAAGAAGGCGGCGGCGGAGGUCCCCGUGGUGGAGCCGUUGCGGUGGGAGCAGGUGGCGAAGGUGAUGCCGUCGAUGGACGCCGUGGUGAAGGUGUUCUGCGUGCACACGGAGCCCAACUUCUCGCUGCCGUGGCAGCGCAAGCGGCAAUAUAGCUCCAGCAGCAGCGGGUUCAUCAUUGGUGGGCACAGGGUGCUUACCAACGCUCACUCCGUCGAGCACUACACCCAGGUCAAGCUUAAGAAGAGGGGAUCGGAUACCAAAUACCUUGCCACCGUUCUCGCUAUUGGCACCGAGUGUGACAUUGCAAUGUUAACUGUAGAGGAUGAUGAAUUCUGGAAAGGGGUUUCACCCCUAGAGUUUGGAUCUUUGCCUGCACUUCAAGAUGCUGUGACUGUUGUUGGUUACCCAAUUGGAGGAGACACGAUCUCAGUCACAAGUGGUGUUGUAUCUAGAAUAGAGAUACUUUCAUAUGUUCAUGGUUCAACGGAGCUUCUAGGAUUGCAGAUAGAUGCAGCUAUAAAUUCAGGAAACUCUGGGGGCCCUGCUUUUAAUGAUAAGGGCAAGUGUGUGGGCAUAGCUUUUCAAUCUCUUAAACACGAAGAUGUAGAAAACAUAGGCUACGUCAUACCCACCCCAGUGAUUAAUCACUUCAUUCAAGACUACGAAAAAUCUGGGGAGUACACAGGUUUUCCUAUACUUGGAAUAGAAUGGCAGAAAAUGGAAAAUCCUGAUCUCCGAAAGGCAAUGGGAAUGAAAUCUGACCAAAAGGGUGUUCGUGUCAGAAGGGUUGAGCCAACCGCUCCUGAAUCUGGAUGCCUGCAACCUUCUGAUAUAAUUCUAAGCUUUGAUGGCAUUGACAUUGCCAAUGACGGUACAGUUCCUUUCAGACAUGGGGAGCGUAUUGGCUUCAGCUACCUCAUUUCGCAGAAGUACACUGGCGAGAAGGCCCAUGUCAAAAUUCUGCGGAAUUCGAAAGUUCUUGAAUUUAACAUUAAGCUGGCAACUCACAAAAGACUCAUUCCAGCUCAUAUAAAGGGCAGGCCACCAUCAUAUUACAUUGUUGCAGGCUUCGUUUUUAUGGUUGUUUCUGUUCCAUAUCUCCGAUCUGAGUAUGGAAAAGACUAUGAGUAUGAUGCCCCUGUCAAGUUGUUGGACAAGCACUUACAUGCAAUGGCUCAAUCACCUGACGAGCAGCUUGUGGUGGUGUCACAGGUUCUUGUAGCAGAUAUCAACAUUGGUUAUGAAGAAAUUGUCAAUAUUCAGGUUCUUUCUUUCAAUGGCAAACCAGUAAAAAAUUUAAAGCACUUGGCAACCAUGGUGGAAGAUUGUAACGAGGAAUACUUAAAAUUUGAUAUGGACUACGAUCAGCUGGUUGUUCUUGAGGCAAAAACGGCAAAGGCUGCUACUCAGGAUAUUCUGACAACGCAUUGUAUACCUUCCGCAAUGUCAGAAGAUUUGAGGACUUGAUGAAAGCAAGAUGCUUGCUGAGAUUGUCAUGUGAUCCUACAUGGCACAUUUUUGCCUCAACUGAUUAACAGUGUCCACUAGACGAGAAGCCUCACUUUGGGAUUUUGAGUGUCAAAUGAAUUCUGGAUGCAGAUCAGACUGGAGUCUGGUGGCACCAAAGAAAGCCAAGGAUAGCAGGUUCACAUCACAAGUUGGAUUAAUUAGGUUGAAUGAUAGCAAGGAGCCCUUGAGAUAUUGGGGAAUAUUACAAAAGUUUUGCUCCCAUUUGAAUAUUUGAUUAAUUGAGGCAAUAUCAGAAAACUUACCCUGAAUGUCGUCCCUGCAUGUUCUCUUCUUACUGCCAAGUUUGAUCUGGUCUCCUGUAGACGUAUGUAAUCUUUUGCAACAAGAGGCUAUGCUUUUCUGUGCAUUUUACCUGCUUUCAGGAGUACUUGUUAAAGUGCUUUUUGGCGGCCAAAACAUAUAUUUUUAAGUGUCUUUUGUACCAGAAUUUGGUUUGUUUUCA